AUGGACAAAGAUCUUGACCCUGAAAUGUAAGUAUACUUAUAAAGGUAUUCGAUUUAUUGUAUUUUGGUAUUUAUUCAAAAAUAUAGGAACUCGGUUUUUAUAUACAAAUGAAAAAAAAUAAGUUUUUUUUUUUCCAGACUAGAGUUGAUAGUUCGUAAAGUAAUGUUGGGCAAGAUGAAACUUCCGGAUAUCAAACCAACUGGUUGUUUACCACUUCCGUUGAAAUCUCCGCCAUGUGUGGAGAAGUUGAAGUGUCCGUAUGAAAAGCCGCCAUUGCGUUCUAAGAAAUUGAAGAUAAAUAAGGAAAGAAAACUGCCGUUUUCCAUGGGUGCGCGACCAACUCGUAAACCAUAUUCAUCGCUUGAUAAUCAACUUCCUAGUUAUUUGUACGAUGUCUUUGGAGAUAAAGCUGACGAAUCGCAUGCGCCAGUGCCCAAAAAUUACGAUAGUCCGUAAGUAUAUUAAGAUAGUUUUAUAUUAUUGAACGUGAAUUUGUUGAAUAGUUGUGAAUCGGUCGUACUUGUGUGACUAUUUAGGGAAGAGAAUUUUUACAUGCGAAAUGGUUCGGGAACACAAUUUGGCGCGUAAAAACUAUUACAAAUUACUAGUUUACAUAAAAUGAUUGUUUAACAUGUUCUUUGUUUGUGUCGAGAACUAUUUAUUGAUUUGUAUACCAACUCUUUCGAUUUUAAAGUUGUAUAUUAUUUAUCGUAUUAUUUACGGGCAUAUUAACUUCACGGUUAAUAUGAAGUGAUCAUCCCAUUUAUGCAGUCAGUAUCUAGGUCAUUCUAGUUUUGCUCGAGUAGUCAUAUUGCUUUUACCGAAAUGAAAUCUAUUGGCUCUAUUUAACUAUUGAGAAUUCCGGAACAUAUCAGAACACCAAAAAAGUGUUUUCCGAAAAAAAUAAACAAACUUUUUAUAAAGUAAGCAUUUCGAACUCUAAAAGGAGACUAAAAAAAAGUAUUCUUUAUAAAAAAUAAAAUAAUUUUAUAUAAUAUAUAAUAUAAUUAAUUUAAUAAUAUAGAAUGCCAGUUUUAUCAUGGGGCUUUACAUCAUUUUAUUUAGCUCCCCCCCAAAAAAAAAUCCUGGGUGUAUCCUUGGGUGUAUCCUUGGUCCUAAAUCUUUUAUUACACAAUAAGCCACUACCCUAGUACAUAGGGACUUAUAAUUAAUGCUAGAAUUGCUCAUAUAGUUUAUAUAGAAAUAUGGAGAAAAACAGCUGCCAUUAAUUUCUUUAUUGUACAUUUUAUAUAUACCUAUGUAUUGCAUAAUUUUAUAUUAUGUCAACAGUUUACCUGUAGGUAUUAAUAACAUGACUUACCUAUAUUCUUUUAUAUUCUAUAUACAGGGUUGCUAUCGAAGCAGCGGAAAAAUCUAUUCCUUUUUUCGAAUCUAUAGAUUCGGUCAUUCAGGCAUUCACUACAAUCAGUACGAUGUUGGAAUCUACAGUAACAACCAUGCAAUUGACCUAUGAAAUAUUGUUGGAUGCGGCUGACAAUUAUGUUUCUAUAAAAAAGUUCAUGGUGAAAUUAUAUUCAGUCAUGGCUUCGUAUAAAUUAGUUCGAUGGUUUUUGAACAAAGUCUAUUUCUUAUUAAGUAAUUCAAUUUUGAUUCAAUGAUUUUAAAAAAUAUAAAAACAUUUGUAAUUUAUUAUUAUUUACAGUAUUAUUACCUAUAUAUUAUUCUAAUAGGAAUGGUUGGAGGAAACAAAGGAUUGAGUGCUGGCGAAAAUAUUUUGCCAUCUAUAGCGUCUUCAACUCAAAUAGAAACUGAUCGUUUUGGUAAACAAAAAAAUUGGCCAAUAGCGGUUUUUGCUGGAAUGGUAUUCGCCAUUCCUGUUAUUUCAUACAAAUUACUCAGUUUGAUGUUACCAAAAAGUAAAUAUUAUAUAUUAUGUUUCUAGUUACACAAAAAAGUACAAAAUUAUUUAUAAAGUUAAUUUUUUACGUAUUCCUCAGCAGAAACAAAAAUAUUGCUUCUAGCAGAUCAUGACUGGUCGUCAUCCUUAGAACGUGAACAAACACUUCCUUUGGUCAAAGGACAGAUAUAUUUGGCUGAUGAAUUGGCGCUGGACAACAAAAAUAAUGAUGGAUGGAUCAAGGUUACUGCCUCUAAUGGAAAAUCAGGUUAUUCGCCAAGGAAUAUGUUAAAACCACUACAAUCUGCAGAAAAUGCUAAUGAUAUUGUACUGUCAAAUCUCGAACAAAACGAUUCUACACUAACCGUAGAUGGUGAUGCAUGUCAAAAUGAACCAGAGCCAAGUACUUCAGAGUAG